AUUUAGCCCAAUUAUUUUAGAGACUUUAGGGUUUGCCGCCCUCCACCUCCACCUCCACUUGCUCUACUUUGACGCUUCGCCAUUCCUGCUCAGAGGUAUUCCUUCAUCUAACACCGCAACGCCACACAUUUUCCAUGGAUUGUGUUGAUUUCUAUUCACUUUUUGAGGAUUCGGAUGGGAGGACCAUUAGUUCGCCUGCUGCUUCAGAAUUUGACUGUAAUUGUCGGUUCUAAUGUUGUCAAUGGGGAUAUGUGACUUAAGAAAAGCAUACCACAGGAAAAACCAAAGAUGUGAUAGCUGCUCGACUAGUCCUUGUGGAAAUGAAUGUGAGAAUGGAGUUGACACCAAAACAAGGGGAGAAGAGAACGUUUUUGCCACCUGCUUACUAUACACUAAGCAAAGAGGAGAAAAAGAAAGUUUGCAACUCUUUGUUACAUAUGAAAGUCCCAACAGGCUAUUCAUCUAAUGUGAGAAACCUUGUCAAUGUGAAGGAGUUGAAACUUGUUGGUCUUAAAUCUCACGAUUGUUACACUUUCAUGCAACAGUUGCUUCCAGUUGCUAUUCGAGGUGUGUUGCCCAAACAUGUAAGGUUUGCGGGCUCUAUGGUUGUUGGAAGAAAGAAAAAAACUGAACAUCAGGAACAAAAGGGACAAGAAGUACAUGGUGAUGAAGAACACAAUGGAAAAGAGGUUCAGGUGGAUGAGGAACAAAAAAUGUCAGGUUCUCUAGAUACUUCAUCAACGAGGAGCACUCGAGGUCGUACCCAAAUGCAUAAGCUUGAUAUGCAAAGGGUACAAGGAGUGAAGAAAGAGGUACAAUUCAAUGCUUUGGUACAGCCGAUUGGAAAAAGUGCUACAGAACUGCAAAGUUACAUUCAUGUCCUUGCAAGAGAAAAGGUCAAGUUGAAUUUUAAGACAUGGAAACAUGUGCCACAAGAUAUUAAAGAUAAGAUAUGGAACGCUGUUAAUUUGAGCUUCAUUGUUCCGGCACAAUUCAAGAAAAAUUGCUUGAGCUCAGCAAAUGACAAAUGGCAGCAAUAUAAAACACAACUCACAAAUAACUUUAUUUGGAAGAGACUGAAUGAUGAAGAAAACUUGCAUAAACCACCCGCAGGAUAUGAUAUUAUGGGAGAUGAAUGGACUCAAUUUGUGAUUAUCCGCAUGUCUGAAGACUUUAAGAAACUAAGCGAGCAACAAAAGUUACGAAGAAAGAAAAACCUUUAUCCACAUAGGCUUGCUCGUAAAGGAUAUGCGCGUCUUGCUAGUGAAAUUUCAACAGAAUUGAGGAGAUGUUUUGAAGACAAAAUUUACAAAGAUUGAUGAAUAUAUUCAGCAAAAGCAAGAUGGUUUGUUGCAACUUCAAGGACCAAAUGAGGACAUUCUGACACAGUCUCUUGAAUCUAAGGAGCAUGGAGGUCGGGUGAGGGCUAUAGGGGGACAUGUCAAUCCCUCAACAUAUUUCAGAAUGGGUAGAUGGAUGAUGCCUGCUCAUGAGAAAAAUGUUCUUCUAAGCCGACAAGCCAUAGUUGAAGACAGAGUAGCAAAGUUAGAAAAUAUGGUACUUCAAAAUGUUGGCUGUAAUAUUCAGAUUGAAGCAAAACGCAGUUGUAAUGCAAAGGAUGCAAAGGGUGCCAAGAAAAGUGAAGAAGAAAUUGGUGAUAUUCAACAAAAAUUGAAUUUUGAGGAGGAUGAUAAUGAGCUGCAAUUUAUUGACAAGGAAGAUGUCUUGGAG